AUGGCUCCUCAGCUCCACGCUCCACUCUUGGUCAAUCGACGAUCGGUAAUGGAUUCCCCGGCUGCAAUUCGACGCAGGAGACGUCGUCGCGUAGCGGAGGAGAAUCGCAAGAGGUCCAUCAGAGCACCGAUAUCCCCUCCGCUUCAGGGAGAUGGCUCGACAAGGUCAGCUCAAGAUGCAGCACCAACGAAUACUGGGAAGGCUGCCGCACAGGGCGCCUUGCGUAAUCAUAGCUCGCCAGCCCCAGCGCCGGUUCUGUCUCCACGACUUGCUAGUAAUGUUCUUGCAGGAGAGGCUGCCGGGGGCUCAUGGCCCAAUGUGCUCUCCCGACUUCGAGAGGCUUUCUGCUUGGACCCGCAAGGAGGUCCAGAAGAACAGCGCAUGGCUGUAGGUCAGGCUAUGAGCCAUCCUACACCACUCCACCACGCGGAGCUGGAUCGUCUAGAAUCGGCGGUGCAUGCCUUCCCUCCGCAUUCAAUCGCCUCUUUUCUCUUAUCAGUCCUCAUCAAACAUGCUACCGACACAUUCUUUUACGUAGAUCAAGCCGAAUUCGCGUCGGAAAUUCAUCAGUUCUAUACUGACCCAACCUCACCGUUGAGGUCAGACUCGACUUUUGUCUGUCUCGCGAUGGCAACCUUCGCGCUGGCAAGCCAAUGGACGACAUUGGAGAAACCAGAGGGACACCAGACAAGCGGUGGUCUGGAAAGGAGUGAUCUAGGUAGGGUAUUCUUCGAUCACGCUCGAAUGCUGAUACCGGACAUUAUCGAGCGGCCGUGUCUACGGUCAGUUCAGGCUCCCUUUGUAUUGGGCGUAUACCUACUGCCUGCGAGUGCAAUUGGGUCUUCAUACGUCUACCUUGGUUUGGCUUUACGGAAAGCACUGGCGUUAGAUCUCCAUCAAGACAUAGAUGACCAAAAAACGAACGAACGCGAGAUUGAGGUCCGCCGUCGAUUAUGGUGGUCACUUUACUCAUUGGAACGGUGUACUACGGUCAAGUUGAAUCGACCGCGUUCCAUCAGCGCUGACACCAUCACGACGCCUAUCCCAUCAUUCCUUCCAGCGCUAGACCACUCCCAGAAAUUCGAUAAUCUCAGGUUCCAACUUGCGUAUAUGCAGUUGGUCAAAAUUUUAGAUCGUAUUUCCGAUCCUGAGCUGGGGGACACCGGUGACGAGCAUGCGCUCCAUGCCAGAUAUGAAUCGGAGCUCAAAGAAUGGAAAAUGGCCCUACCUGUAGAGUUCAAGCUUCAGGACAUUGACCCCCAAGACUCGAGAUAUCGCGCUGUAUUCCAUCUCUACCUUCACUACUACUAUGCAUGGAUUACCAUAGGGAAGGCGUCUCUUGUAUCAGUCGUGCGAGCAAAGCUCCGCUCCUGUGAUACCAAGUCUCAGCCCCCCCAAAUCAGCCAUAUGACCAGAAACCAAUCGAGACUCUGUGCAAAGGCAGCCCGGAAACUUCUUGGGCUGUUCGAAACCAUGAGCAUGUCACACAAAAUCACUCGAUUUUCCUUUACCGACUUUCAAGGUUGCAGCAUCGCAACGAUUAUCACCUUACUCGAUGGGAUCCCCGAACGUGAUUCGGGGUACGAGGCAUGGGUGACGUUUGGUCUGGAGCACCUACGACAGAUGGCUAUCGGGAACACAACGGCAAAAAUGGGUGUCCGGUUUGUCGAAGCAAUUCAGUUGAUUACCAACGAAGCGCGGGAGAAAGUCACUCGGUCAGCAUGUACAUCUGAGAGAACACCACAAGGCAACAGUGGCGUAGCUUCGACAUCUGAAUACUCUCAGUGGGCCACAUGGCUCACACAACAGGAACAGGCUCAAGGAUUGAGUGACAGGACGUCUUCGUUAUCUAUGGUGCCCGAAGCCAUGACACCACUCUCGCAAGUCGGGCAGUGGCCAUCUUCACACAAUACUACAGGCCUGAGGCCAGCAUGGGCUGCUACCGAGCGGCAUAUGUAUUCUCCAACCUUGUUUCCAAUGCAGAAUCUUACGCAAGAGUCAGAAGCAUAUCCAGAGGCACAGGAUGCCGACUAUGAAUUCCUCCCUAUGCUACAUCAUGAUGAGCAAACCCUUUUGAUGGAGCUAACGGGCCUUGGUGUGCUGGACGUUUCUGGGUUAUCGAACCCACUCGAAUGA